AUUGCAAUUUAUAAUAUUUCUACAUCUAUUUGCAAUUUAUAUUAUAUUUCUAUAUCUUAUGUGGCUUUACAUGUUUGUAAUGUUUAAAUGUAUAACGUUUUAAGGUAUGUCACGAAAUGCAAAGGCAAGCAGCAGUGGCCGAAAGGCACAAAUUAAUUGGACAUCAUACAUGUAUGAAUGUAUGGCAAACGCCUUAGUUGAGGAAGUAUCGCUGGGAAAAAAAUCUGACAACGCUUUUCGAGAAGCUAGUAUGAAUAAAGUAGCAAAAAUUGUGAUGGAGACAUUUUCUGUGCAAGUGGAUGGAGAAAAGUGCAGGAAUCGGUUACGAACGCUUAAAAAGAAAUAUAACUUGGCAAAGCUUGCACUUAGCAAAAGUGGCUUCGGUUGGGAUGAAGAAAGAAAAUGUGUUACCGCUGAACCAGACGUUUGGGAUGAAUUCAUCAAGGCAAAACCUGAAGCUAUUCAUAUCAGAAACAAGCCAUUCCCACUGCUAGCUCAGUUUGAUAUUAUAUGUGGGGACGAUUCUGCUACCGGGAACGCAGCACGAACUACAUCCGAUCUUGAGGAAGAAGUCCUCCAUUCAUCUCAUUACAUGGAUGACAUCCCAUUGUCCUCAUACCUCUCUGGAUCAUAUACACCAUUUGCACCACCCGAUGAUGUAUAUUCCGACGGAACACAAGGUCAAUAUCAAUAUGGCGAAGGAAGCGGUCAAAGGGAUGUGAGAAACUCUGCUCCAAGGCCAUUAAAGAAGAAGAAGAAUGCCUCUAUUGCAUCAAUUGUUAUUGAAAAGUUUGAACGCAUGCAGGAAACAAUGGAUGAAUAUGUUUCAUUCAAAACUAAAACAGCAGAAAGACUAUGGGAUGAGUUGGAGAAUAUGACAACCAUUGAUUCUGACAUGAUGUAUAGGGCCUACACAUUCCUUGCGGAAAGACCGCAUUUUGCUUCUACAUUCCUAGAUCAUGUAAGUCCUAUUCAAAGGAAUGAAUGGUUGGAGAGGAUGAUUCCCUAGUAAAAAAUUUUAAAUGUAAUUUCUAUAGUUAAAGAAGACAUUGGUAAUGUAAUUUAAUUAUUAGAUUUUCUAUUAAUAUUUUUAAGUUUAUUCUCAA